CAGCGGAUCCGUCACACAGUAAUGAAGUCACCACGGGCACUUGUUAUACCGGAUGCUGAUUGUGAUACACUGACCAGUUUCCGACAAUUCGCGAGUGUUUCCGGAACCGUUGUCUAGGAAUGUUAUCAAAAUUAUAUUCUAUACAGGAAAAUGUUGAGCAACGCUUCUCCUGGUGGCCAUUAGACCUGUUAAAGUUUUAACAAAGAAUGUUCCUUCUGCGGAAACUGAGAUUUUUUUCCCAUAGUAAAUGUAAGGAAAGCCAAUCCGUGUCUGAUCUCAGUAGCCUGGAAAGUCUUCACGAUGACGGAGUAAGCAACCCAGCCUACAAUCUGAAACGCUCGAAAUCAGCAGAACAGCUGAACAAUGAUGUCAUACACUCUAUGCAGACGACAACCAACAAUGCAUCCUUUAUGUCUACCGCCAGCAACAGCACCACCGGUAGUACUGACGAUUACCUCCACCCUUGUGCGGAAACCAAAGACAUAUCGAAAUCGGUCAAGAAGAUCGCUAUUGUAAAUCCAACGACUCAUAUUUUUCCGGAGGACGAUAACGAGGUUUUUGAAGAAUCACAUUAUCAAAAUGUGGAAAUUUCUAAGACCCAAGGAAAAACUGCAGAAAGUGAUGAUGGAAAAGAAGGAUCCAUCUAUCAGAAUGUUGAACCUUUGUCGUACAAGGUAGAGGAAAAAGACAAUCAUGAAUCAGAGUAUCAAAAUAUUGUUUUCCCAAACGUAUCAACUGAUUGUAAAUCGGAAUCAUUUAAGGGAGACGUAUCGGAAUGUGACUAUGAAUUCGUACAAGGCCUCGCGGCUACAAACAAAACAGUAAAGUCUGAACAGAAAAAUGACGACAUAGAUGGGAGAAGCGGGGACGAAAAGCUUUUUGAGGAUAAUGUAAAGUUACGAAAGGAGAGCAACGCCUGCGAUAAAGCGUCUGACCUGCAAUCGGCUUACACCUGCGAUAAAGCGUCUAACCUGCAAUCGGCUUACACCUGCGAUAAAGGGUCUAACCUGCGAUCAGCUUCAGUUUCUGUGCCUAAUGAUGUUUCAAACUCUGUCAACAAAUCAUCAACAAAACCACCUAAAAAACCCAAGCCUGAAAGACCACCGCCACCGAAGUUUUCAAGUAACUUGACUCCAUUUAAAAAUAGAUAUACAAGCCCAGAUCUCCUUACAGAAUCUCGUGUUCACAAACCACCGGAGAAAAGUGUCUCCAUUGACAACGGAGCUUAUGUGAACGACCCAGGAAAGACCAGAGAAAACCGAGGAAAACUUCUGUUCAGAAACGCUAGAAGUGCAUCAGAACAAAUAGUUCGAAGAUCAGAGAACAUUAAUGAUUAUCUGGAUAUGUCGAACAGUCGCCCAGGUGAGGUCGUGUUAGACGACAGCGAUGAUUACAUGCCGAUGAGUCUGGAGGAUAACUGUCCGCUGAAAGAUAGAUAAAUUCUAUUUAAGAAAAUGACGGUGAAUUUUUUUUGCCAUUCUACCAUUUAAAAAGGAAUCCUUCUGGAUAUGACUUUGUAGUAUCUUGCUCAUUGAUCAGCAUUUCACAAAGAAAGAAAACCCAUUUUGUUUGCUUUUGUGUUUUUAUUGUCAUUCCAAAAGAUACUUAUAUGUAUGGUGCACAUUGUCACACUGGCUACUAAGUGCGAGUUAUGUCCCUUUAGUGUUUUCUACUCGUGGUGACGCUGAUUACUAAGUGCGAGUUAUGUACCUUUAGUGUUUUCUACUCGUGGAGACGCUGAUUACUAAGUGCGAGUUAUGUCCCUUUAGUGUUUUCUACUCGUGGUGACGCUGAUUACUAAGUGCGAGUUAUGUCCCUUUAGUGUUUUCUACUCGUGGAGACGCUGAUUACUAAGUACCAUAUACAGGUCGUGAAACAUAAUUCACUAUUGAAUUUCUCACGAUCGCGGAAUUAAACCUUAUUAUUCUAGAUAUACUGUAUACAACUUUCAAUUUGCCCUUGGACAUUUUCACGAUUUUCAAACAGAUUUCUGUUUUUCACUGUUUCAAAUCUACGAUUUUUAUUUUUGUAUUAUAUCACCCUUAUGCUAUGACAGUUGUUACGUUGUUUUUCACUGCAGUCGUUUCAAGAUAGGAAAUAUAAGACUGCGUUGAAAUUAAGUAUAAAGUUUGUUAUUUUAUGUUCCAUAUGUGAUAUAAGCGACGUUUGUGAUAUUCAUGAAUUAGAAUAAAAGAUAUUGUAAACUUA